UUGCCUAUUUCCACCUCUUGGAUUCCUCCAGUUCUCGCUCGUCUGCCCUUUCUCGGAUCCCUUUUGUGAACCCAGAUCCCGAUCUUGCAACCAUGGCUACCGCUUCAAGAGAGUCCCGGCCUCGUCCUGCCAUCCAGCCCAUCCGUACCACUGGACCUGGCCACAGUUACCAGACUGCACGGGCUCGGAUGGCAUUCAAAAGCCCUGCGUGGAUGGCAACACCGCUGUCACCUCUGAGCCGUCCGUUGCCCAUGUACCCGGACUCUGAUGAUGAGAGAAUGAGAGAACACGACAAGGCGGCUGUGGAGCGUUUGGAGCUUCGCAGCCGCAAGUCGUCCAGUGCUGAAGGGUCUCCGCGGACCGUUGCCUUGAAACCCGUAUCAGAUUUGGCUCUCCCCACCCCGUUGUCGCUCGACGCUCGACGCUCUCCUCUGUCAGGCCCUGUCACGGGUCCCCUCUCGGGUCCCCUCUCGGGCCCUUUCAUCCCGCCGUCCAGUCACCGAAGGUCAACCAUUGCUGAAGAGUCGAGAAGCUUCUUGCUUCGGGAGUCCGAGGCAGAUAGAACCAGGCCUCCACCUCGAGCCUUUGAGCGCAGAGGAUCCGCUCCUCCCGGGGCGAUCCUAGCGAGGAACAUGCAACUUCAACGACAACUUGGGCAGCCUGGACGUCGAGGAUCCAUCGGUUCACAUUCCCUCCGUGAGCCAGACCUGUUUGUCCUGCCAGUCGAACUCCGGCGACUCUCCACCAUUGCAACUCCCAAUAGCGAUGGAGCCAUUCCGUCGCCGUACCCCGUGGAGGGACGUCUCACCACCCGUGUCGUUAUACAUUCUCGAAACCAAAAGCCGCUUGUCUUGACGAGAACAUUUGAUCUUGACGAGUUGCGAGCUACCAUCCCAAAUCCAAGGCCCGUGCCGAGCGCUCAGUCCAGCCGCCGGUCUUCUGUGGCGACUCUUCGACCACCCACCAACACUCCUCAACCAACAUCCCCUCCUUUGUCAGCUGCUCGCAAGGAGAGACGACACUCGACUGCUGGACUCUACGGCCUCGAACCUCAUCGCUCUCCCGGCCUGGAAAGAAGGGCGGCUCGUCAAGUGUUGGCCCCUAUUCCCAUUCACCUCGAAUACGCACGCACAUAUCUCCCUGUCCUCGCCGCUAUCAUCCUCUCUGCAAUUGUCCAACCUGGAGAUACAAUCGAGCUUCCACUCCCAUAUCCUCGGGCAUGGGCAGACACGAUGGCCUACAUUUACACGAGGCAAUUUGUUCUCACCGACCGAAUCCAUGAGAACAUAAUAUAUUUGGGAGGAAUUUAACGUGACAGUUUGUGGAUUUCAUGAUAAUGACAAAGUCGUAAUAAUGGUGUCUCGGGCAAGGAAUCGAGUUUGAUAUUGCUGGGGUUGUAAACGAGGUUCCUAGCUUUUGAUAUUUCUUGUCAUGCGUGGAGUUGUGUUACAAAUUUGAUCAUGGAACGGGAUUUUUUUUUUUACAAUAACUUGACAAAAUGGAUUCAAUGAAGGCAGAGAAAACACGCUCUUGAUCUGGUGUUCUCUUUCCUCUCCAUGUCUUACCUGGAGCACAUU